AUAACGAGAUAGAGAUAGCCGGCGCUAAAAUGCUGGUUGUUUCCCUCAUUCUAAACCUUUCCAUUUAAAAAGUCUCACACAGCUUCCUUUUUUAGUCUGUCACUCUCACUCGCACUCUCUCUCUUAUCACAUAUCAAAGCAUUAUUGGCUUUGUUUAUUCCUAUUUAUAUAUGUAUAUGGUAGUAAGUGUUGCAGGUCCGAGUUUUUUUCAGCUGUUUUAUGAUGGAGAAUAGUAAGAGCAGUGCAGGGUUUUCUUCUCCAAGAAGUGAUAAUUUUCCGGCUGGUUUACGGGUACUUGUUGUUGAUGAUGAUCCUACCUGGUUGAAAAUUCUUGAAAAGAUGCUUAAGAAGUGCUCUUAUGAAGUGACGACAUGUGGUCUAGCACAAGAGGCUUUGAAUCUUCUCCGAGAAAGAAAGGAUCAUGGGUUUGAGAUUGUGAUAAGUGAUGUUAACAUGCCUGACAUGGAUGGAUUUAAGCUUCUGGAGCAUGUUGGACUAGAGAUGGAUCUUCCUGUCAUAAUGAUGUCUGUCGAUGGAGAAACAAGCAGGGUAAUGAAGGGCGUUCAACACGGUGCAUGUGAUUAUCUCUUGAAACCUAUACGGAUGAAAGAACUUAGAAACAUAUGGCAGCAUGUGCUCAGAAAAAGGAUGCACGAGGCAAGGGACAUCGGAAACCAUGAAAUGGACCUAUUUGAUCAACUGUGGAUGUUUAAUGGAACUGAUUCAGGCAACAAGAGAAAAGAUUUUGACGAUAAAGAAAUUAGUGUUCAUUCUUCUUCCAUGAAGAAACCCAGAGUAGUUUGGACUGUAGAUCUUCAUCAGAAAUUUGUCAAAGCCGUAAACCAGAUUGGAUUUCACAAAGCUGGUCCCAAGAAGAUACUUGACUUGAUGGCUGUUCCAUGGUUGACUAGAGAAAAUGUUGCUAGCCACUUACAGAAGUAUCGCCUAUACUUGACUAGGUUGCAGAAAGGUGGGAUGAAGCAUCCGAAUGUUUCUUCUAAAGAAAAUUCUCUUCAGAAUCCAGUGGAUGUGUGCGCUGAUGUUACAAAUGACAAGUGUAGUAAAGCUAUUGCUCAAAAUUGUAAGUCCAACAUAUAUGAGAGCAAGGUAAAAGGUGUUGUUUCAAUCCCAGUAGCAGAGCCGGGGUCUGUGGUUGGAGAUAACUUUGAUUCUCACACUGCUGGUUCAAAGACAAGCCUCAGUGGAUUGAUCAAUACUGAUGUAAAAAGUGUCGAUGUACCCACUCCAUAUUGCUUUACUGGAGAAGCUCCACAACCUCAAUACAAACAAGAUUUCAAACCACGUUUUCCGUCAGAAAAUCAGCCACUGCCCGGGAUUCCUCAUCAAAUCCAAGUGGAUUGCACACAACCAACUUGUUCUCUCAACCUUGUACCUUCUCAUGAAAUGAGGGAGUGGGACAGACUUUCCGGUAAAGAAAAUAAGCUUUCUUCUUUCUUCAAGAGCACAAGUGGAGUAGGAAAAUUAUCUGCAUUGGAAGCCAUUCAACCUGUGAGCCAUCAAAUAAAUUUUCAUUCCCUUGAGCAAAUUCCAAGUACAUGGAGUAUGACGAGUCAAAAUGUAGAUCAAAAUCUAGUCAAUGGUCUGCAAUCGAGCACAGGAAAUGUAACUUUGGGAAGUGGAUCAGUUGUUGCAUCUCUAGCUGAGGACAUGUGUGAUACUUCUAUUCAAGGUGAAUGUUUUCCAGCUUAUAAUGGUCUUCGGAACAUACAACAAUUUCACUACAAUGAACCACAACCCAUUUCUGGAGUUUCAACAUGCUUGUAUGAUACAUUGAGGUUUGAUUAUGAGUAUCCAAAUGAUUCAUUGGAAGGUAUUGUGUUGGACCAAGGUCUGUUCAUAGUCUAACCUUUAUCCAUUUAGAUGUGCAUUGCUCAUCGACAACUGCCAUGUUUUUCUCAACUAAAAAACAAAGAAGUGCUUUUUGAUUUUGGUGGAGUGGAAGAUCAUCUUCACAAAAAUGUACUUUACGAGCAUUGGCAAAUUUUUUAGCACAAUAAGCAAUCUUCUUGGACAGAACUUACUCAUCAAAGCAUGCUUAAUUAUCUGGUAUUGUAAGUAGAUUUAGAAAGGGUCAGCAUGCAAAUGUGCUCAUCCUCUUUUUUCUUU